AUGUCUGCUUUAGGUAUCCCAAGACAUAUUGGGACCAUUGAUCCUAAAAAUGUUGAGCAUAUUUUGAAGACGAAUUUUGGGAAUUAUAUCAAAGGCCCUGAAUUCCACAGUGGAAUGAUGGAUUUAUUUGGUGGUGGCAUUUUUAAUGCCAAUGGUGAAGAAUGGAAAUACCAGCGCAAAACCGCUAGCCAUAUAUUCAACAUAAAGAAUUUCAGAGACCAAUUCACUGACGUCUUUGUACAAGAGCUAUUGACUAUGCAAGAGUCGAUUUGGGACAAAGCAGCCGAAAAUCAUGAAGUAGUUGAUUUUCAUGACGUUAUGUUCAGAUUCACGCUAGACUCAUUCAUUAUGCUUGGCUUCGGUGUUGAAUUAAAAGCUUUACAAACUAAAGGCAAGGUACCUUUCGCAGCAGCCUUCGAUGAAGCACAGAAAAAUACAUUUUUACGUUUUGUUAAUCCUAUUUGGCCAGCAACAGAGCGUAUUAUGGGUUUGGUGAUGCCUUGGAAAGCAAGCAUGAGCGAGCAUUUAAGUGUAGUCGACGGUUUCGCACGUGAAGUAACCAAAAAACGCAGAGGACAAUUAGAAGCAGGUGAGGUUCAUAAAGAUCUUUUAUCAAGAUUUAUGGACGCUCGUAACCAUAAUGGUGAACUGCUCAACGACGACGAACUACGCGAUAUUGUUCUCAAUUUUGUUAUUGCUGGCCGAGAUACGACUGCUCAAGCUCUCUCAUGGACCUUCUAUAUGUUGUUGUGUCACCCCCGAGUCGAAAAGAAACUGCUGGACGAAAUAUAUCAGCACAUUAAUGACGAUGACCUGAAUGACUCACCGGUCCUGUUUGAGAAAAUAAAAAACAUGACUUAUGCACAUGCUGUCUUUUAUGAAGUGCUUCGACAUUAUCCCUCGGUUCCCUUGAAUCAGAAAUACGCUCUAAAUGACGAUAUAUGGCCUGAUGGAACGCAUAUAAAAAAAGGUGAUUAUGUAUUAUGGUGUCCUUAUGCUCAAGGUCGCUCUGAAAAGGUAUGGGGCCCUGAUGCUAAACAGUUCAGACCAGAAAGAUGGAUCACGCGAGAAGGCGAACUUCGACGUGAAUCUCAGGGUCAAUGGCCAGCUUUUCAUGCCGGACCACGUGUAUGCUUAGGCCAACAUUUAGCGACUUUGGAGGCAUUAAUAGCUAUCAUUUUCCUAACAAAGAAUUAUAAAUUCAGCUUGGUACCAGAUCAAGAUAUCACCUAUCAAGUGUCGCUCACAUUGCCCAUGCGUUAUGGUAUGAAGGUCAUGGUAGAGAAGCGCGAAAACAGCCAGAAAUAA